AUGGAAUUUGUUCUUUUGGGGUUUUCUGACAUUCCCAAUAUCCAAUGGAUUCUUUUUGGGAUAUUUUUAGUCAUCUAUCUGACUAUCCUCAUAUGCAACAGCAUCAUAAUACUGGUAACAAAAACUGACUCUGCUCUCCAGACCCCCAUGUAUUUUUUCCUCAGCAAUUUUUCCUUUCUAGAAAUCUGUUACGUAUCAGUCACUAUCCCAAGAAUGCUCAUGGACCUUGUGACCCAGAAAGGAAACAUUUCUUUGCUUGCUUGUGCUACACAGAUGUGUUUUGUCCUUAUACUCGGAGGCUCAGAGUGUCUCCUCCUGACCGUGAUGGCCUAUGACCGCUACGUGGCCAUUUGUAACCCUCUGCACUACGCUCUAGUCAUGAACCACAAGGUCUGUGUCCAGCUGGUGACUGCCUCCUGGGUCAGUGGAGUUCCAGUCGUAAUUGGCCAAACAUGCCAGAUUUUUUCUCUUCCCUUUUGUGGGACUAACACAAUUAAUCAUUUCUUCUGCGACAUCCCCCCAGUACUCAAGCUAGCUUGUGGGGACACAUUUGUGAAUGAGAUAGCGGUCUAUGUAGUUGCCGUGAUAUUUAUCAUGGUUCCAUUUCUGUUGAUUGUUGUCUCCUAUGCCAAAAUUAUUUCCAGCAUUCUGAAAUUGACUUCAGCCAGAGGGAGAGCGAAAGCCUUCUCCACCUGUUCAUCUCACCUGAUUGUUGUAGUCUUAUUCUAUGGAACAGCUACUAUCACUUAUUUGCAACCCAAACCAAAUCAAUCUGAAGGAACUGGGAAACUGAUCUCCCUUUUCUACACCGUUUUGAUCCCAACAUUGAACCCCAUUAUAUAUACUCUGAGGAACAAAGACAUCGCGAUGGCACUGAAAAAGAUGUUCCCCUAUUUCUCCUCUUUUGCCCUCACCCCGAUUUUUCACAAACUGGAAGCAAAGGGAAGGCCCUCUCAGCUGGAGCCCAUUAACACACUGGAAAGCAUCUGCAGCAGCAACACUGCAGAGCAUCUCAAGACAUUGGAUCAGAUCCACUUCUCUGAGGACAUCCCAGGCUUUGCUGACAUGUGA